AUGUCCGAAUUGCGCUACACCGCGAAUACGCAGCUCGAGCAGCUCCACGCGCGAUACGUGGGGACUGGACAUGCGGACAUUACCAAACAUGAAUGGCUAACUCAUCAACACCGAGACACUUGUGCGUCCGUCAUCGGUCAUCCAGCGCUGCUGGCCUACUUGGCGAUCGCCGAAGGAGAAAGUAUGGGCAGAACAAAGUUCGAGCUCUGUGAGCGAAUGCUCCAGCCUUGUGGUCUACCUCCUCCCAAAGAUGAUGAUUAA